AUGAACGUCAGCGAUAAGCUAUCUUUCGUUUCAACUCUGCACCGAGCGCCGUACCCUGCAAUCGACCCUCGGAGGCCAUCCAGUUCUGCUGCCGGGAAGACGAUUUUGAUUACUGGUGGCGCGACGGGUAUCGGAUUCGCUGUCGCCAGAAACUUUGCCCUCGCUGGAGCGUCAACUAUUGUGCUUCUUGCGCGUCGGGAGGAAACCCUCAAGAAUGCAGCUUCAGAACUCUCUGCUGCAUUUCCAGACACCCAAUUCCUCACGUAUGCGGGGAGCAUCACAGACGACGCCGAGAUUCAGAAGGUCUUCUCCUCUGUCCGACGGACUGCACUAAACAAAGAUGUUGAUGUGCUUGUCAUGUGCGCCGCCUUUAUAAAGGCCGACAAACCUCUGUCCAAGACUCCGUUGUCAGAAGUGAAGACAACGUUCGAAACAAACGUGUUCGGCAACCUGAAUGUCGUGAAUACGUUCCUCGAUGCGCCGAGAAAGGAAGGCAAGGUCAUUGUGGAUUUUACCAGCUAUGCAUCCUAUAUGCCCUUUCCACAAACCGGCCCGUACGGCGCUAGCAAAGAUGCAUUCUCGUUUUUGAUGCGUCAUGUGCAAAAUGAGCACCCGGAGUUACGUGUUUAUACUUUACAUCCUGGCGCCGUCUGGACUCAGGCAGCUGCUGCGGCAGGGAUGACUAAAGAUAUGCUUGAUUGGGACGACGAAGACCUGCCAGGCCAAUUUGUUGUCUGGUUAGCUGGCCAGGAGGCAGCUUUCUUGAAAGGAAGGUUCUUGGCCAGCCAUUGGGAUGUAACCGAGUUGAUGGCUAAAAAAGAAACUUUUGAGUUGGAUGCGGAUCUGAGCACUAUUGGGCUGAGACGCUGA